AUGGCUAACUGUUGUGCACUUGGUGCUAUAACACCAUAUCCUGAUGGGGAUUCAAAUACUCUCAAUCACAUAUUGGAAAAAAUUGAAAAUGUAUUUAUUGUUAUCUUUACUGUGGAAUGUGUUUUAAAGAUUAUAGCUUUUGGUUUUGUUAUGCAUCCAGGAGCGUACUUACGUAAUGCAUGGAAUAUACUUGACUUUACUAUAGUUAUCUUAGGACUUUUACAACCACUUAUUCAACAAAUGGUUGAACAAUCUGGUGUAGAUGUUAAAGCACUUCGUGCUUUCAGAGUGCUGAGACCACUUCGUCUUGUAUCUGGUUUACCAAGUUUACAAGUUGUAUUAAAUUCUAUAAUGCGUGCUAUGGUUCCACUCUUACAUAUUGCACUUUUAGUUAUCUUUGUAAUAAUUAUUUAUGCAAUUGUUGGGCUAGAAUUAUUUUCUGGUAAAUUACAUGCUACAUGUUAUGAUUUUGUAACAGGUGAAAUAGAGGAUAAUCCAUCACCAUGCAGUUUAAAUCAACGUGGUGCAUUGUGUACAGGUUCAACAAUUUGUUAUGAUUUUAAAUUGGAUAUGAGUUAUGCAGCUGUUGCUGAAAGAAAACAACAAGCUGAAGCUAUUUUAGCUGGAAAUAUUACACCACCUUUACCGCAACCAGAAAGAUGGGUUGGACCAAAUUAUGGUAUAACUAAUUUUGAUAAUUUUGGUUUAUCUAUGCUAACUGUAUUUCAAUGUAUUACUAUGGAAGGUUGGACACAAGUUUUAUACUGGGUUAAUGACUCACAAGGGAUGUUAUAUCCAUGGAUUUACUUUAUCAGUAUGAUCAUUAUCGGAUCAUUCUUUGUUAUGAACCUAGUACUUGGUGUUUUGAGUGGGGAAUUUUCAAAAGAGCGUGAAAAAGCUAAAAAACGUGGUAAAUAUCAAAAAGCUAGAGAACAGAUGCAAUUCGAAGAAGAUGUACAAGGUUAUUUAGAUUGGAUUAGUGCAGCUGAAGAUAUUAGUGAUGAUGAAGAAACUACAAAUAAAGAAGAUGAAAAAGAAAAAAAAUUUCAUUGGUGUGUUGCAUGUCGGACCACCUCAUCUUCAGCUACUGAUGACUUUGAAGAGGAAGAAGAAGAUCCAUCUGAACAUGGACUGGAUGAUGGCGGUGGUGGACAUCGUAGUCAAUCAUCAUCACAACAACAUCAGUAUUUUUUCUGUAUUCCAUUGAAAGGAAGGCGAUCGCGGCGUUGGAAUCGUCGUUGCCGACGUUCUUGUCGUCGGCUUGUUAAAUCUCAGACAUUUUACUGGAUAGUUAUAGUCCUUGUUUUUUUAAAUACUGGUGUUCUCACUUCAGAGCAUUAUGGACAACCGCCGUGGCUUGACGAUUUUCAAGAUAUGGCCAAUAUUGUAUUUGUUGUCCUCUUUUCUAUUGAAAUGUUAAUUAAAAUGUACAGUUUAGGAAUACGAUGUUAUUUUGAUUUUAUGUUUAAUCGAUUCGAUUUUUUUGUGGUUAUCUGUAGUAUUAUUGAAGUUGUAUUAAUACAAACUAAAGUGAUGCCACCAUUAGGAGUAUCUGUAUUACGUUGUGCUCGUUUAUUACGUGUAUUUAAAGUGACCAGAUAUUGGAGUAGCUUACGUAAUCUAGUUGGUUCAUUAUUAGCUAGUUUAAAAUCAAUUGUUAGUUUAUUAGUUCUAUUAUUUUUAUUCAUUGUCAUAUUUGCUUUACUUGGUAUGCAAUUAUUUGGUGGAAGAUUUAAUUUUCCAAGAGAAGAAAAGCCAAGAUCAAAUUUUGAUAGUUUUUAUCAAUCACUUAUAACAGUUUUUCAAAUUUUAACUAGUGAAGAUUGGAAUGAAGCUAUGUACAAUGGAAUUCGUUCAUAUUCAAAUAGUCGUGUUGGUAUUAUGGUCUGUUUAUAUUAUGUUAUACUUUUUAUAUGUGGAAAUUAUAUACUACUCAAUGUCUUUUUGGCUAUUGCUGUUGAUAAUUUGGCUGAUACUGGUCAAAUGGAAGAGAAAAAAGAAGAAACAGAUGGUGAAAAAUCAGAUAAUAAAGAAAAUGAAAUGACUAGAAAUGAAGAUAUUAUAAUUGAAGGAGAAAAUGAUAAAGAAAAUAAAAUGUAUCAAUCAGUAGACAAUCGAAAACCAUCUACUACAAUAACUAAUACUACUGAAAAUAAAUUAACUGAAGUACAUCAUGAAUUUAAUGAUGUUACACAAUUAUUAGAUCAAUUAAAUUUAGAUCCAAUCAAUGAAGAAGCUGAUCCUGAUCGACGCAUGUUUGAUCGAGAUAAACAAAGAACACAUGAUAAAGAUGAUGAUUUAAAAGAAGAUCGAAAUAGAGACAGUCAUGAUGAUGAUGAUGAUGAUAAUGAUGAUGAUGACGAUAAUGAUGAUAGAAGUGCUGAUGAAACUGAUAAAAUGAAAGAUACAACUAGUUUAAGACGUCAUUCAGAAAUUAGUUCAACAAAGAAAAUAAAACCAAUACCAAAUGCAUCUUCAUUUUUCAUAUUCAGUCCAACUAAUCCAUUUCGUGUAGCCUGUCAUGAAGUUUGCAAUCACAAUUAUUUCAAUAAUAUUGUACUUGUAUGUAUCUUAGUUAGUAGUGCUAUGCUUGCAGCUGAAGAUCCAUUAGAUGCAUCAUCUGCACGUAAUCAGAUAUUGAACUACUUUGAUUAUUUUUUCACUUCUGUGUUUACAGUGGAGAUAACUUUGAAAAUAAUUACUUAUGGUUUGGUAUUACAUAAGGGAGCAUUUUGUCGAAGCGCAAAUAAUAUGUUAGAUUUUAUGGUAGUUCUUACAUCAAUUAUUUCUUAUCCAAUUGAUAUUGAUACAAUAUCUGUAGUUAAAAUUCUUCGAGUCUCACGAGUAUUACGACCUUUAAGAGCGAUCAAUAGAGCGAAAGGUUUGAAACAUGUCGUCCAAUGUGUUGUAGUUGCUGUAAAAAGUAUUGGUAAAAUAAUGAUGGUUACUUUUUUGCUUGAAUUUAUGUUUGCUGUUAUUGGUGUACAAUUAUUCGCUGGAAAAUUUCACUCUUGUACAGAUAGUUCACGUCUUGUACCAAGUCAAUGUCAUGGUCAAUAUAUCACAUAUGAAUUGGGUGAUAUAAGUCGACCUGUAGUUUUAGCACGUGUAUGGUUAAAUAAUCCAUUGAAUUUUGACAAUGUACCAAAUGCUAUGCUCACUUUAUUUGCUGUAUCAACAUUUGAAGGUUGGCCUGGUCUUUUAUAUAGAUCAAUUGACUCUUAUGCUGAAGAUUAUGGUAGUGUUUAUAAUAAUCGUCCAAUAGUUGUUAUCUUCUAUGUGGCUUAUAUCAUUGUCAUAGCAUUUUUUAUGAUUAAUAUAUUUGUUGGUUUUGUUAUUGUCACAUUUCAACAAGAAGGUGAACAAGAAUAUAGAAAUUGUGAACUUGAUAAAAAUCAACGUAAAUGUAUUGAAUUUGCAUUGAAAGCUAGACCAGUGAAACGUUAUAUCCCAAAAGAAAAUUUUCAAUAUAGAAUAUGGUGGUUUAUUACAUCACAACCAUUUGAAUAUUGCAUUUUUAUAUUUAUAUUAAUUAAUACAAUAUCAUUAGCAAUGAAAACUUUAGUACGUAUGAAUAUGCCGUUGAAUAGUGAUGGAACUGUCAUGUUCAAUGCAACACUUUUUGCUUUAGUUCGAACUAAUUUAAAAAUAAAAACUGAAGGUGCAGCAAUUGAUCAAUUAAAUGAAGAACUUCGUGCUGUAAUUAAAAAAAUAUGGAAAAGAACAAGUAAUAAAUUAUUAGAUCAACUUGUACCUCCUGCAGGUGGAAAUAAUGAUGUAACAGUUGAUGGAAACAAAAAAAAAGCUGAAGAACAAAAAGCUUUAUUACAUGGACAAGGGAAAAGACAUUCAAUCAUGCCAUUCAAAAGUUUUGGAAAACCUACAACUAGUUCUCUUGAAACACAAAAUACUUCAAUGAAUAUUUUAUUACCACCAUCUGAAGAAACAAGUAAACGUGGAAGUUCUGGUAGCCUAGUGAUGGUGAUACGCAUCAUAGUUUGUAGUUCAAGACGUCAUUCAGAAGUUUCACAAUGUAAUGAACGUGAAAAAUUAUCACAGCCAUACAAAUCUUCAUUAGAGUCAACGGAUAAAAAGUUACCAUUAAUUUCUAAUGAUCAUUUACAAUCAAAUCAAACAUCAAAAUUGAAUACAUCAAAAAUAAUGCUACCAACAAUUAGUCAAGGUAGUCAUGAAGAUGAAGAUGUUGAUAAUGGUGGAAUUGGAGGUUUCAAUAAAAUAAUGGAAGGAAAUGCUAUAAAUACAGAGAAGUAUAAUACAAUUAAUGACAAAUAUUAUUCUGUUCAUUCAAAUAAAAGAAUUGAUAAUGGAUAUAUAAUUGAUGAUAGUAUACCACAGAAACAAUAUUCAAUAAAACCAGCUGAUUGGAAUAAUACUAUUUAUACGGAUAGAAAUAAUGUGAAAAAUCGCCCUAUAUCAACAUUACCAUAUGGAUCAAAUCUGCAUUAUAUAAAUCAACAGACUUUUCAACUGUUCCUUAUAUACAAGAAUCAGUUCAUCAUAUUUCAUCAUUAUAUAAAUCAAAUUAUUAUAAUCAAUCAAAAUCUAUCAAUGUUAUAA